UGCAGGCAGCGCCGCCGUUGCUGGGGGAACGCGAAAGUCCUGUGCCGGCGUCCCGGCGCAGCGGCGCAGGAAGAUCGUAAACGGCAAGGGUGAUCUUCAUAGAAACUACUAAAGACUUCAGAGAAUUCAUUUUUAGGCAAAAUAAAUGAAAUAAGUUGGUCUAAUAAAGUAAAAUGGAUCCUUGCUCAGUUGGAGUUCAGCUUCAAGCCCCCAAUGAAUGCCAUAAGACCUAUUAUACCCGUCACACUGGCUUCAAGACUAAGCAAGAUGUAUCUUCAUCUGAUCUACUGUUACUUCAGCUUAGGACUGGAAUAGCCCUUUCAGAGAACGAUACAAUCUGCUUCCACCAUGCAAAAAUUUACAUUGAACGAUUCGAAGACUUACAAAAGUCAUGUUGUGAUCCCUUUAACAUACACAGAAAACUCUCAAAGAAAAGCUUACGAGCAAUUGACUUAGAUGAUGCAACUUUUCUAAGUGCCAAGUUUGGAAGACAGUUUGUACCUGGUUGGAAGCUUUGUCCCAAAUGUAUGCAGAUAAUAAACGGGAGCACAGAUGUUGAAUCCGAAGAGCGCCAAAGAAGAAAACUUGAUUCAGACGGGCGUACAGCUAAGGCUUUAAAGUCUCUACAGUUUGCUAAUCCAGGACGACAGACCGAAUUCACUCCUGAGACCAGCAAGAGGGAGAAAAGAAGGUUGCAAACAAAAAGUUCAGGAUUUAAUUCAGACAGGCAAGUUAUACCAGCCAAGAGUAAAGUCUACGAUAGCCAGGGACUGCUGCUUUACAGUGGGAUGGACCUCUGCGACUGUCUUGAUGAAGACUGCCUGGGAUGUUUCUAUGCCUGCCCCAAGUGCGGCUCCAACAAGUGCGGAGCUGAAUGCCGCUGUGACCGCAAGUGGCUCUAUGAGCAGAUUGAGAUAGAAGGAGGAGAAAUCAUUAAAAACAAGCACGUUGGUUAGCAUAUAUCCACAGUACCCCAUGCUUUGUGUAAACACAGCACCUUCAUUUGGUGGUUUUGUGAAAGCCACUGGAAUUGAUCACAACGCAUAUGAUUUGUGUGCUCACCUCUGCAUCCUUUUUCGUUAUGGAAGUUGUAAUCACUGUCUUCCCACACUUCAUUCUACCUUAUACUGAGUCUUGUUAGUUAUCUAAGUUCUCACUGAACAGUCUUUCAUUGCAUUUAAGUAUAAGGUGCUCAAUAGUCCUGUGAUGUAUCCUGAACCACUUGCAUUUCAUAUGCUGUUUCAGAGAUUGUACCAUCUUCAUAUAACCCUCUUUUUUCCUUCUCUAGUUCAGGAUUAUGUGGUUUGAAGCUGUCCUGUAGAGAUUCUCAGUGAAUUUACAUGCAGUAUUAGUAGAGCUCUCUUGGUAUUAAUAGAGAGUGAAAAAUUCAGUCCUCUUCACUAAAGAUGAAAUCAGAGGCACUUAGGAGCUCAGAUCUCACCUGAAGUUACUGGGAUUUGAGAUCAUGUUGUGAGUUGAAGCCUCACUGUGAAGUGAUACUAAAUUGUCAAGGGACUGAAAAAACAGAACAGUAUUUAGUUAUGGUACUGGUUUGUCAAAUUCUGCCUAACAGCUGGAAUAACUUAGCUGUAUUCAUUAUCAUUCUGUAUUUGGACUGAAACUUCAGCAGCCUUCUCCAUCUUUUUUACUUGUUUUAAAAGUAAAGAUUAACAUGCAGCUGAAAUAAAUUUGAACGAGCUAGUUCCUAAAUGCUGACUACUACAAAAAAUAUAAACCAACAAAACAACCACCAAAAUUGAGUUGAAUUGAAAUUUUUAUGUAUUAUCUAUCCUGAGAUCAUUAACAAAAACAGACUAUAGGUCUAUUUCUGGAAGAGAGAAUUACUAAUUGAAAUCUCAGUAACAUUGAGUGUUAUUGCUUGGUAUUUUUGUUGUGGUUUGGGUAAAUGUCCCAUUUUUAUGAUAAACUUUGCGUGUUCAUUGAGUCAUAUUUAUUCAAGACUACUUUUAACUACUGUUUUCUAAACCCUUACUUGGUAGACUUGUAUAUUCUUACUAUUUGUUUAGAGUAUUUUUUGCUAAGAGCUGCCAAAAUGCAGUUAUGCUUUGGGUUGUGCUGACAUCUGCUGGUCCUACUGAAGUAUAAGCAUCAACUUCUACAUUUGUGUUAAAUCUGUGGAAAUAAA